GACGCAACAAAAGCACGCACGUGGACACAAACCCAGGAUUGAGCUUCUCCGUCAGGAUCAUGGGAGAGAAUGGCCCUCUCUCGGAGACAGCCAUGCUCUUUGAAGACGAGGAAGAGGAUGUGGACAAACUUGGCCGAGAAGAGGAAGACGAGGACAAGAUGGCAAACUUUGACAAAGACGGCAACAUGAUCUCGGGCCCCUCGUCCUCCUCGGGAACCGUCUACGAUCGCACCACCGUUCUCAUCGAGCAGGACCCGAUCCGUCUGGAUGAGGAAGGAGAAGAGGACGGUAUGACGUUCCUGCCGGAGGGAGAGGGAGACGAGGGAUCUCUGGCCUUCAUGGGUGACCCUGACGGCAUGUCACAGGGGUACAUCCACCACACCAUCUCGCCGGACCAAAUCCAGUUCAUCAUUAACCCCGGGUCCACACCUAUGCCACGAAACAUCGAGGGCGCCACGCUGACAUUACACUCUGAGUGCCCAGAGACCAAGCAGAGAGAGGUGAAGAGAUACCAGUGUCUGUUCGAAGGCUGUACGCGCACCUACAGCACGGCGGGAAACCUGCGCACUCAUCAGAAGACGCACCGUGGCGAAUACACGUUUGUUUGCAACCAGCAAGGCUGCGGCAAAGCCUUCCUCACAUCCUACAGCCUGAAGAUCCACGUCCGCGUCCACACAAAGGAAAAACCCUUCGAGUGUGACGUCCAGGGCUGUGAGAAAGCCUUCAACACUCUCUACAGACUGAAAGCACACCAGAGGCUGCACACCGGGAAGACGUUUAACUGUGAAUCAGAGGGAUGCACCAAGUACUUCACCACACUCAGUGACCUGAGGAAGCACAUCCGCACACACACUGGCGAAAAACCCUUCCGGUGUGAUCACGAUGGCUGUGGUAAGGCUUUCGCUGCUAGUCAUCACCUGAAAACACAUGUACGGACACACACUGGAGAGAAACCGUUUUUCUGUCCCAGCGACGGCUGUGAGAAAACCUUCAGCUCUCAGUACAGUCUGAAGAGCCACAUCCGGGGUCACGACAAAGGCCCAUCGUUCACCGUGAGCAGUCAUCCACUGUCAGAGGAUGCGAAUCACUCGCUGUGCCUCAGUGAUUUGAGCCUCAUUUCAACAGACUCUGAGCUCCAGGAGAACCACAAUUCUCAGGGUUUGGAUCUGAACAGCGUCACCCCCAUACGAAUCUUUGAGCUCAUGUUCCAGAGUCCAGAGAACAGCGUCAGCGAGGACGACCCCAAACCUACAGAAAGCCUAGCAGAGUCUUUUGGACUUGAGCCGUCGCCUCAGACAGCCCCUGCAGACGCGUCCACUCAUCCAGCGUUCCCUCAGCCUCCUCCAUCCACCUGUUCCUCUUCCUGCUCCAUCACAGCUCCUGCUCAGGAUGCUCAGACUCCUCCCACAACACAGCAAGCCCCGCCCCCUGCUGUCAGCAGCUCGUCACAGACCUCCUCCUUCCCCAGUGCUCCGCCCAGCUCGUCACAGCCUGCAGAAGUAUCGUCUCCAUCUGCACCCUCAGCCACUCAGCACUACAUGAUGGCUCAGCCGGUGUCGUCUCCAUCUGCAGCCAGUGUCUCCAGUGUGCCGGCUGGGACAGCAGAGGUGACGGCCGCAGUGACGCACACAGUGCCUUUGGCUGCUCCUCCUACAAUCAGCAUCGCCCCCACACUCGGCCUGCAGCCCAGCCUUGUCAUGUCAGACCAGAACCUGCAGUGGAUCCUCAGCAGCGCCGCCAGCGCACAGCAAAACCCCGAACAACAGGGUCCAAAAGUUGAGAAGGUCUUUUUUACAACAGCCAUACCAGUCGGUGGAAAUUCAGGUAUGAUUGGAUAUUAGCUGUCAUAUAUAUAUAUAUAUAUAUUUAUAUAUUUAUACACACACAGUUGAAGUCAGAAUUAUUUGCCCCCUUUUGAUUUUUAUUUUUUUUCCCAAAUGAUGUUUAACAGAGCAAUGACAUUUUUACAGUAUGUCUGAUAAUAUUUUUUCUUAUGGAGAAAGUCUUGUUUGUUUUAUUUCGGCUAGAAUAAAAGCAGUUAUCAAUUUUUUAAAAAACAUUUUUGGGACAAAAUGAUUAACCCCUUUAAGCUAAUUUUUUUUUCCGAUAGUCUACAGCAGUGGUUCCCAUAAAAAUGCUCCACUAUUAUAAAGGGCUUUGCAAUUAAUCGAAAAUCCAAUUUAGAUUUCGGUUUCAAACGAUUAUAAAAAAAGCAUUAAUCAAGAUAAAUAAUUAUUGCAUCAUAUUUUGCCACGUUCCAGUUGUACACGUGUUAGUGUUGCUCUUAAAAGCGCGAAAGAGCUUAUGUGUGUGUGUGCAGCAUGAUCACGCAGUCAGAAGCACGCGGCCGGUCAGCAUUCACUCUCAUUCACACACUGAGACGAGCAGAGGAGCGCAGAUAUCUAAAGUCAUUAACGUGAGCGCUUUAAUGGUCAAAUAGGUGUCAAAACGCGGUGUUUAGUGAUUAUUUACAUUAACCCUCAUUUGUGUAAUAAACAAACGAGUUGAGGAUCAAAAGACGUGAAAGAGAAACCAUUAAAGAUACAGCGCGCUUUAAUCCUUCUGUCACCUGUUUUUAUCAUUAUUAAACAAACAUAACGAGAAAACCCUCGCUGCUCUUGACUGAAGGACUGCUGUAGCUAAAGUGUUUUUCUUACAGUGAAGAUGCUUAAAGCACAGUUUGUUUCAUAUUUUUAUUCUAUUGUAUUUGUUUCUCUUUCGUUUGCAGGGUGGAAAAUAACUGUAUACAGUUGAAGUCAGAAUUAUUAGCCCUCUUGAAUAUUAGCAAAGCUUUUCCUGCCCAAUUUCUGUUUCAGGGAAAGAAUAUUAUAUUAACUUAUUUCUGAACAUAAUAGUUUUGAUAUCUCAUUUCUAAUUACUGAUUUCUUUUUGUCUUUGCUAUAAUGACAGCACAUAAUGUUUUACUAGAUAUUUUUCAAAAUGCAAGCAUUCAGAUUAAAGUGCAGUUCAAAGGCUUAAUUAGAGUAAUAAGGCAAGUCAUUAUAACGGUAGUUUAUUCUGCAGACAAUCAAAAAUAUAUAUUGCUUAAGGGGGCUAAUAAUAUUGACCUUAAAUUGGUUUCAAAAUAGUUAAACCUUUCUUAAUUCUAGCUAAAAUAAAACAAACAGAAGAAAAAAUAUUAAAGGAAAUACUGUUAAAAUUCCUUGCUCUGUUAAAAAUAAUUUGGGAAAUAUUUAUUAAAAAAAAAAUUCUCAGGAGCGCUAAUAAUUUUGACUUUAACUGGCAAUGGUUUUGAAUAAUCGUGAUUACAAUUAUGACCAAAAUAAUCGUGAUUAUGAUUUUUCCCAAAAUCGAGCAGCCCUACUAUUAUAUAUGUAUUUUUAAGUACCAAAAAAAAAAA